CCCGACAUUGUCCCUGACGCCCAGCCCGACGAGCAGCCCGACGAGCAGCCCGACGAGCAGCCCGACUUCGUCCCCGACGCCCAGUCCGACGCCCAGUCCGACCUCGCCCCCGACGCCCAGUCCGACCAGCAGCCCGACCCCCAGUCCGUCCUCGUCACCGACAAGCAGCCCGACGAACACCCCGACCUCCAGCCCGACCUCGUCCCCGACGCCCAGUCCGACAAGCAGCCCGACGAGCGGCCCGACCUCGUCCCCGGCGCCCAGCCCGACGAGCAGCCCGACAAGCACCCCGACGCCCAGUCCGACCUCGCCCCCGACGCCCAGUCCGACGAGCAGCCCGACCCCCAGUCCGUCCUCGUCACCGACAGGCAGGCCGACGAACACCCCGACCUCCAGCCCGACUUCGUCCCCGACGCCCAGUCUGACAAGCAGCCCGACGAGCAGUCCGACCUCGUCUCCGGCGCCGAGCCCGACGCCGGCAGCGCCACCUCCAGCGGGCGGAGCAGGUGCUGGAGCCUCCGCCGUCGGCGACCCCCACCUGCAAAACGUUCAUGGCGAGCGGUUCGACCUGAUGAAGGCGGGCAAGCAUGUGCUGAUCAACAUCCCUCGUGGAAUGAGUGCUGA